AUGACGGCAGAGCUGUUUGACCAGGGGAACAUUGUCCUGGUCAGAAAGACUUACCCCUCCCCCUCUCUCUCCCACCAGGUGCUGUCGCUGGGUGCUGACGUCCUGCCAGAGUACAAGCUCCAGGCCCCUCGCAUCCACAAGUGGACCGUCCUCCACUACAGCCCCUUCAAGGCGGUGUGGGACUGGCUCAUCCUGCUGCUGGUCAUCUACACGGCUAUCUUGACCCCCUACUCCGCCGCCUUCCUCCUCAACGACCACGAGGAGGCGGCUAUGGUGAACUGUGGCUACUCGUGCUCGCCGCUCAACGUGGUCGACCUAAUCGUGGACAUCAUGUUCAUCGUGGACAUCGUCAUUAACUUCAGGACGACGUACGUCAAUACUAACGACGAGGUGGUCAGCGCUCCACUGAGGAUAGCGGUCCAUUACUUCAAGGGCUGGUUCCUCAUCGACAUGGUGGCAGCCAUUCCCUUCGACCUGCUCAUCUACCGCAGCGGAGAGGAGACGACUACUCUGAUAGGCCUGCUAAAGACAGCCCGCCUCUUGCGGCUGGUGCGCGUGGCGAGGAAGCUGGACCGUUACUCUGAGUAUGGCGCCGCCGUCCUCUUCCUGCUCAUGUGUACAUUCGCCCUUAUCGCCCACUGGCUGGCGUGCAUCUGGUACGCCAUCGGCAGCGUGGAGCGCAACGGCAGCAUUGGCUGGCUCCACACGCUGGGCGAGUCUUUGGGGAAACACUACAACGAGACGGUGCAGGGCUCGGGCCCUUCCAUAAAGGACAAGUACGUGACAGCACUCUACUUUACCUUCUCCAGUCUGACCAGCGUGGGCUUUGGCAACGUCUCCCCCAACACCAACUCUGAGAAGAUCUUUUCCAUCUGCGUCAUGCUUAUUGGAUCUCUGAUGUACGCCAGCAUCUUUGGGAACGUGUCGGCCAUCAUCCAGAGGUUGUACUCGGGUACAGCGAGGUACCACACCCAGAUGCUGCGGGUCCGAGAGUUCAUCCGGUUCCACCAGAUCCCAAACCCACUGAGGCAGCGGCUGGAGGAGUACUUCCAACACGCCUGGUCCUACACUAACGGCAUCGACAUGAAUGCUGUGUUGAAGGGGUUCCCAGAGUGUCUCCAGGCUGACAUCUGCCUCCACCUCAACCGUACCCUCCUGGAGAACUGCAAAGCCUUCAAGGGCUCCACUAAGGGCUGCCUGCGAGCCCUAGCCAUGAAGUUCAAGACCACCCACGCCCCGCCCGGCGACACCCUGGUGCACGCCGGCGACGUGCUCACCGCCAUCUACUUCAUCUCCCGCGGCUCCAUCGAGAUCCUCCGAGGCGACGUGGUGGUGGCCAUCUUGGGGAAGAAUGACAUAUUUGGCGAGCCCAUCAACCUUUACGGGCGAGCUGGGAAGUCUAACGCCGAUGUGAGAGCUCUGACCUACUGUGACCUCCAUAAGAUCCACAGAGAGGACGUCCUGGAGGUGUUAAACAUGUACCCCGAGUUCUCCGACCACUUCUGGAUGAACCUGGAGAUAACCUUUAACCUCCGGGAUACCAAUAUGAUUCCUGGCUCUCCAGAAAGUGACAACUCGGACUGUAUAGGAUUCAACAAACUGCGCAGACGCAAACUAUCAUUCCGGCGCCGGACAGAGAAGGAUGAUGCAGAUGCAGGAGAAAUUAAAAAGGAGAGAGACAAUAAACCACUACGGCGGAGACAGAAGGAGGCGGCCAGUAACCAGGGGGAGGGGCCUCUGAGCUCAGUGUCCUCCCACUCCAGUGGCGAUGAAGGGGAGGAGUCUGUGGUCACAUGCCCUGCCCCUCCUUCGGCUCUGCAUGAGAUGUCCCCGGCUCAGGCCACCACCCUGAACUUCAGCGACACUCCCGAGGGGGAGGGAGACCAAAAGGGGGGCAACACCUGCAAUGCACUCACAGGAGCAUUUUCAGGGGUGUCCAACAUCUUCAGUUUCUGGGGUGAGAGUCGGGGCAGUUGUGAGUACCAGGAACUGCCGCGCUGCAGCCUGCCCUACCCUCCCCCUCUUAACACGCCCCUCAACAGCAUUGGCCGCAGGCAGCGCACCGAGCUGGAGAACAGACUGGACCUGCUGCAGAAGCAACUCAACAGGCUGGAAACAAGGAUGUCGACAGACAUCGGGGCAAUCAUGCAACUACUACAGCGUCAGAUGGCCCUGGUGCCCCCAGCCUACAGCACUGUGUCGUCUCCCCCUCAGGCCUCACCCUACCCUGGCCCUGGUCCUGGAGAGAGGCUGGUGCAGUCUGAGACACUGGCUUCCCUCUCACAGAUCUCACACCCCCAGGACUUUGAGGAGUUCCCCGGCAAGUUGUGUGACUCUCUCCGCAGCCCUGAUCAGCUGCACCCCCAGGACUCGCCUCUGGUCAGCCCCACCGAGACACGACGAGACACUACUGGGCUGGGCAGCUUAAUCCUGGACCUGGACCUGGACCUGGGCAGCCUGGAGCUAGAACUAGGGGCUGGGUCCGUGGCAGGGUUGGAGUCAGGGAUGCGGGCAGAUUCAGGGUUGGGGUCAAGGAUGCGGGCAGGUUCAGGGUUGGGGUCAGGGAUGCGGGCAGGUUCAGGGUUGGGGUCAGGGAUGCGGGCAGGUUCAGGGUUGGGGUCAGGGAUGCGGGCAGUGAUGGAACUGGACACAGUGAUGGAACUGGACACAGUGAUGGAACUGGACACAGUGAUGGAACUGGACACAGUGAUGGAACUGGACACAGUGAUGGAACUGGACACAGUGAUGGAACUGGACACA